AUGGAGAUUGCUUUUAGAACACUUGAUCCACGCACACAAUUAUCAAAGAACUGCCAGCGAUUAUGUUGUGGCAUUGGGCGCCAAGGCCGAAUGCGCUCGCACGUGCCUUGCCAGGCUGGCAGCAACUCAGGCACCGGGGCCAGCGCCAGCGGUGACAAUCUCUCGGAGAAGCUGCAGCGCGUCCGUCGACGACUCGGUUUGCCAACCGACGGCAGCUCAAACGGCACGACCCCGCCACAGGGCGGCACCGACGUGGGUGUAGGCGAAUGGGGCGCCCAGAGCUGGUAUGAGGACUGGGACCCCUCGGUGCGCUUCUCGCCGCCGCAAGUCGAGCGCAUAGCGGAUGAGGGCGUAUCCAGGUUCCGCAAAGAAACCCGGAACGCCGGUCCCCGAGACAAGUGGAUCACGCCGCUUCUGGACUGGGAUGCGGUCAGGGAGGGUCUAGACUUGGAUCAGGAGCGUUCCGAGCAGAUGUUGACCGGGGAGGCCUUGGUCAACAAGGAAGAGUCCCAGCUUGCGGUGCGCUACGUGGCGCGACUCAUCGGCAUCCCCCUUGUCACCGGCUUCGUCGUCAGCCGCGCUCUCGCAGACCCCAUCCUGAACUUUUCCUUGCGCAACAACCCCGACGCCUUUGAGCUGUCUGAAAUCCAAAAGUACGAAGGCGCCAAAGCGGUGCAUGUGGAGGAGACGCGGUUGCGGCUGGACAUGGCAAUUGGGCGACUUCCCCCCAUGACGGAGCUUCAGAUGUUCGAACACCUUGCGGAGUUCGCGGCGGAGGUGCAGGAGGAGGAGCGACACCACAACGAGACGAUUCUCAUCAACGCCGUCUCCGACUCGAUUUCCUUCCUGACCUUCGUCGGCAUCUUGUCGCAGCCCACCAGGAGCAGGGAUGCGAUGUACAACACCAUGGCGCGUCUGUUUUACGGCCUGAGCGACAUUGCCAAGGCUGUGAUGAUCAUCUUGGUUGCAGAUACGUUGCUGGGAUACCAUUCCGAGGAGGGCUGGCACGGACUUAUUGAGUUGGUGCUCGGGCACUACGGAGUGGAGCCCAGCGAAGAGGGCGUUGUUAUCUUCGUGGGUAUUGUGCCCGUUGUGAUCGACGUGCUGUUCAAGUACUGGAUCUUUAUCGGCCUGAACCGCAUCUCGCCGGGUGCUGUGGUGACUAUCAAGCAGGUUGAUAGGCAUUGA